CUCUUAAUCCACCAAAAGAUAUAGUUUGAGCCAUGGCAUCCAUUGAUAAGCCUGACCCUGAAGUACCCACCAAGCUGGUGGCCUCGGAGGGAGCUCCUCCUCUUCCUCCACCCCCCGCGCCUCCUUGCAAGGUGGACUAUUUCGCGGUGGAUGUGGCUCUGAGGGUGUGGCUGUUUGCGGCUGCAGUGACUUCUGUUGUGGUGAUGGUUACUAGCGAGGAGACUGAGGUAGUUCCAGUCCCUGGUGUGCCUAAUCAUAUUCUGCCUCUUCCAGCAAAGUUUAAUCAUUCUCCUGCCUUCAUAUACUUUGUGGCAGCAUUAUCCGUUGCUGGCCUGUACAGCAUCAUCACAGCCCUUGCUUCCAUUUCUGUUCUUUUGAAGCCUGACUUUUCCAAGACGUUCUUGCUCCAUUUUGCUUUCUUGGAUUUGCUAAUGCUGGGGGUGGUAGCCUCUGCCGUUGGAGCAGCAGGGGCAGUUGGUUAUAUUGGAUUAAAGGGUAACAGCCAUGUAGGCUGGAGUAAGGAGUGCUCUGUUUAUAAAAAGUUCUGCACGCAUGUAGGCAGCUCUAUUGCAGUUGCAUUGUUUGCUGCGGUUCUGCUGGUGCUGCUGUCCAUGCUCUCUAUCUCAUCCCUUCACAGACGCAUCCGGGAUUAGAGAUGAUCAUCCAGAAUUUCACUCACAGCUUCUAAUCAUCUGUUUGUGUGUGCUUGUGUCGAAGAAACACGGCAUUGUGCUUGCGUAUAUCUGCUGGGAUUUCAGCGUAAAUGGUAUCUACUUGGACCUUAUUGUGCUGUAUCGUAUGUUUUUUUUUUUUUUUUAAUAUAUUUGUGAGUUCUCA